AUGACUAGCGGAGUGUAUCGAGAGCGCGCUUACGAGGUGGCCAUCUGGGUCUCCUUGGUUAUCUCGUUGAUCGCCAUCUCCUCCGCCCUAACAGCUUACCCGCUUCUGAAAGCCUUUGCCGGGUCGUUGGAUGCACACAUCGUCAAGGAGAGCAAUGCUUGUGAGGCGUUAAUCCGUGAAGCCGAGCAAUUUUUCCUUUCCGCCUCAACGGCAAAUUCUUCUCGAAUCGGCCGCCAUGUAUCAGAGACUGAUUGCCCCUGUGAAUUCCCUCGUGGACCGCCAGGGUUGCCCGGAAGGGCCGGUCUGAUGGGACAGCCUGGAACGCCAGGCGCCCCCGGGAUGCCCGCGCGGCUACCAUGUGACCCACCGAUCGACUACGCCAAGCAUUGUCCUGAUCCGUGCCCCGCCGGUGUUCAAGGAAAAACAGGACCUAUGGGUUUCCCCGGCGACAAGGGAGAAAUCGGAACGGUUGGUAAAGCCGGAAAGGCCGGAUUGGAUGGCAAGAAGGGAAGGCUUGGCGAUCAAGGACAACGAGGUAUCCCCGGACUUGACGGCAUCGUCGGAGAUCCAGGAGAAGACGCCAUGCCCUCGCCAUUUAUCCCAGGGCCACCUGGAGAAACCGGAGAUGCCGGACCGAAGGGCCCAAUCGGUCCGGUCGGGAUGCCGGGUAUCGAUGGUCCUAGAGGGCCAGCGGGUCCUCGGGGCCCUAAGGGCCAGAAUGGUUUGCCGGGCGCAAUGGGAGAGCCGGGAUUAGGAGGACCUAUCGGAGAAGAUGGCCCUGAAGGCGAGAAAGGGGUGUGCCCAACAUACUGUGCCACCGAUGGAGGCGUCUUCUUUGUUGAACCCCCAGAUUGGUUCUUCACCAAUGAC